CCCUCAAAAUUCGCUGUUUGUUCUUCCGCCGCAGGAGCACCCGGCGGCGGACUCAUUUCUUUCUCGGGUUUCUCCGCCUCCCCCCCGCAGAGUCCCGUAAAAGCAACAGAGGUGACUAGGCCACGCGAGCCGGCGUGGUGUCCCUCCGCCCGGCCGAGGGCACUCCUUUUCGUGUCUUUCCACCGUUCCCGGGCGGCGUCCGGGUGGCUCACCGGGGGCGGCGACGCAAUCGCGGCGCGGGCGGCCAGGCUCUGGGGCUAUGAGGUGAGGGCGCCCCGGUACAGGAGACGGCAGCGCGGCGCCAGGACCCAGGACGCAAGCCUCGAAGCUGGCGGCUGCCUCUGGGACCCCGCGGCCGCGCGUGAGGCGAGGAGAGAACAUUGAAAUUAUUCUCUAAGCUAUUUGAAGAGAGUGACUAAAUGCACCUGGGUCAGGCUGUCUGUGGGUAUGAAGUGGUUGGGAGAAUCCAAGAACAUGGUGGUGAAUGGCAGGAGGAGUGGAGGCAAGUUGUCUAAUGACCACCCGCAGAACCAAUCAAAAGCACAGCACACGGGGAAGGACGCCGUGAAGGCUGGCAGAAGCGCGGUGGAGAGGCGGUCGAGCAGAUGUAAUGGUAAUUCAGGAUUCGAGGGACAGAGUCGAUAUGUACCAUCUUCUGGAAUGUCCGCCAAGGAACUCUGUGAAAAUGAUGACCUAGCGACCAGUUUGGUUCUUGAUCCCUAUUUAGGUUUUCAAACACACAAAAUGAAUACUAGCGCCUUUCCUUCGAGGAGCUCAAGGCAUUUUUCAAAAUCUGACAGUUUUCCUCACAACCACCCUGUGAGAUUUCGGCCUAUUAAAGGAAGGCAAGAAGAACUAAAGGAAGUAAUUGAACGUUUUAAGAAAGAUGAGCACUUGGAGAAAGCUUUCAAAUGUUUGACUUCAGGCGAAUGGGCACGGCACUAUUUUCUCAACAAGAACAAAAUGCAGGAGAAAUUAUUCAAGGAACAUGUGUUCAUUUACUUGAGAAUGUUUGCAACUGACAGUGGAUUUGAAAUACUACCCUGCAACAGAUACUCUUCCGAACAAAAUGGAGCCAAGAUAGUAGCAACGAAAGAGUGGAAACGAAAUGACAAAAUAGAAUUACUGGUGGGUUGUAUUGCCGAACUUUCAGAAAUUGAGGAGAACAUGCUACUCAGACACGGAGAAAACGACUUCAGUGUCAUGUACUCCACGAGGAAAAACUGCGCUCAGCUCUGGCUCGGCCCGGCUGCGUUCAUAAACCACGAUUGCAGACCUAACUGUAAGUUUGUGUCAACUGGUCGAGACACAGCAUGUGUGAAGGCUCUCAGAGACAUUGAACCUGGGGAAGAAAUUUCUUGUUACUAUGGAGAUGGGUUUUUUGGAGAAAACAACGAGUUCUGCGAGUGUUACACUUGUGAAAGACGGGGAACUGGUGCUUUUAAAUCCAGAGUGGGACUGCCUGCGCCUGCUCCUGUUAUCAAUAGCAAAUACGGACUCAGAGAAACAGAUAAACGUUUAAAUAGGCUUAAAAAGUUAGGUGACAGCAGCAAACAUUCAGACAGUCAGUCUGUCAGCUCUAACACUGAUGCAGAUACCACUCAGGAAAAAAACAAUGCAACUCCUAGCCGAAAAUCUUCAGUUGGCGUGAAGAAGACCAGCAAGAGCAGAACGUUAACGAGGCAGUCCGUGUCAAGAAUUCCAGCUUCUUCCAACUCUACCUCAUCUAAGCUAACUCACAUAAAUAAUUCCAGGGUACCAAAGAAACUGAAAAAGCCUGCAAAGCCUUUACUUUCAAAGGUAAAAUUGAGAAAUCAUUGCAAACGGCUGGAGCAGAAGAGUGCUUCGAGAAAACUCGAGAUGGGAAACUUAGUCCUUAAGGAGCCUAAAGUUGUUCUCUAUAAAAAUUUGCCCCUUAAGAAAGAUCAGGAGCCAGAGGGACCAGUACAAGCCGCAGUGGCGAGUGGGUGCUUGACUAGACAUGCCGCAAGAGAGCACAAACAGAACUCGGUGCGAGGGGCCCCUCCGCCCGGGGAGGGCGCUCCCACCACCUACACAACCAGGCGGUCCGUGAGGACGAGAAUGAACUUGAAGGAGACCUCUGACAUCAAGCUGGAACCAAAUACAUCGGACGGCUAUGAAAACGGUUUGACUGAGCCUUGCCCAGACACUGGCGAGCAGCCGGCUCUGGCGGUGCAGGGCGAGGAACUGGCUCAUGACACUGCACAGAGAGGGGACUCCAAGUGUCCUAAGAGUGACAGCAGCAUCGCAAAGAAGAAGUCACGACAAGGAAAACUUGUCAAACAGUUGGCAAAGGCAGAGGAAUCCCCUCCGGUGCGUGAUCCUCCCGGAAAAGCCGGCGUGGUGCCUGAUGGGACUGGACCCCUCUGCGACCAGGGCCAGCACAGCGGCACAGAGGGCGUGCCCAGCAGCUACUUGGACUGGGCCUCUGCGCCUCUGGAUGGCGCGGUGGUGACGUCAGAUAGCUUCAAAACAAAAGACGGCUUCAGAACUGCGAAAAGUAAAAAGAAGAGGCGGAUCACAAGGUAUGACGCACAGUUAAUCCUGGAAAAUAACUCGGGGAUCCCCAAACUGACGCUUCGAAGGCGUCACGACAGCAGCAGCAAGACAAACGACCCGGAGAAUGACGGGAUGAAUUCUUCCAAAAUAAGCAUCAAGUUAAGUAAAGACCAUGAAAACGAUAAUAAUCUGUAUGUAGCAAAGCUGAAUAAUGGAUUUAACUCAGGAUCAGGUGGUAGUUCUACAAAAUUAAAAAUCCAGCUAAAGCGGGAUGAGGAGAGUCGGGGGUCUUGUACAGAGGGGCUUCACGAAAACGGGGUGUGCUGCAGUGACCCCCUGUCCCUCCUGGAGUCUCGCAUGGAGGUCGAUGACUACAGUCAAUACGAGGAGGAAAGCACGGACGGCUCCUCCUCCUCGGAGGGGGGCGAAGAGGAGGAGGACUACGAGGACGACUUCGAGGACGACUUCAUCCCCCUUCCGCCGGCCAAGCGGCUGCGGCUGAUCGUCGGGAAGGACUCCAUAGAUAUUGACAUCUCUUCCCGGAGGAGAGAAGACCAGUCUUUGAGGCUUAACGCGUGAGCUCUGGGCUCGCCGCGGCCCGGAUGACUACUGUAACGAAUGAAAAAUUCCAGUCAGUUACUCCUAGGCUGAAACAUUUGAGCACAGCACUUCUCUCGUCUCCUCACCUACCGGCAUAACACCUAGCAAGUGUACAGCGUGCUGACUCCGGAAAGUCUGAUUCGUGCACAUUUUUAUUGUACUUUUUACAUAGCCUUCUUAUGUGCAAUUCUGAGUUAGCGAUGAAGCCCCGUUGUAAAAUAAAGGCUCAAGCAGAACUGUACAGUGACAGCAGCUUUCCACGCAGGACAUUGGAAACGAUAAUGUGGCUACACAAUUUUUUUUUAACUUGAAGAGCAUUAACUAGCUCUUUAAUAUAUGACUAAACAAUAAUUUAAAACAAAUCAUAGUAGCAGCAUAUUAAGGUUUUCUAGUAUAUGCUAAUAUCACCAGCAAUGAUCUUCGGCUUUUUGAUUUAUUUGCUCGAUGUUGCCCCUUGGAGUUUUGUCAGUUCCACGCUGUUGGCUGGCCCGGGCGCACUGUGUGCGGCCUCGGUUGGAGGUCAGGUUGGUUUCUUUACAAAAAGAGUACAGUUGGCGUGCGGCGGCCACCUUGUCCGUGCAUCGUAUGGACGAGGUAGCAGAGUGCGGGAUGAGUUUCGGUGCGGCGUAUUUAUUGCUUGUCAUGUAAGUUAAAGACCUUGUAUUUAACACUUUUCAAUACUUUUAGAUAAAAUUGUUCUUUGCAAGAAUGAUUGGUGCUUAUUUUUUCAAAAAUUUGCUGUGAACAAUGUGAUGACAACAAGCAACAUUGAUCUGAUGAACUACAGCUCUCUUAAUUUGGGUCUUCAAGUUUUCUGUUGCACUUGUAAAAUGCUACAAGGAAUAUUAAAAAACUCUAUUCACUUUAA